CUGACCAAGACCAGUGCACACACGUCCGCUCCAGCAGAGAGGCAGCAGGACCGGAGACCGCCACACUUCAGAGAGGGACUCAUCUACCCCAGACCUGUCCAGCAUGGAGCUUUUCGAGACCAACCCGUACUUCUUCCCCGACCAGCGCUUCUACGAAGGCGGGGACAGCUACUUCCCCUCGCGCCUUCCGGGGACCUUCGACCAGACGGGCUAUCAGGACCGCAGCUCCGUGAUGGGGCUGUGUGGAGGUCUGUCUGGAGGCGUCGGGGUCGGUGGGACGGGAGCCGAAGACAAACCCUCUCCGUCGAGUCUGUCGCCGCAGUCCGAGCCCCACUGCCCGGGUCAGUGCCUGCCGUGGGCCUGCAAGCUGUGCAAGCGCAAGACGGUGACCAUGGACCGCCGGAGAGCCGCCACGCUCCGAGAGAAGCGGCGUCUGAAGAAGGUGAACGAGGCGUUUGACGCUCUGAAGAGGAGCACGCUGAUGAACCCCAACCAGCGGCUGCCCAAAGUGGAAAUCUUGCGAAGCGCCAUCCAGUACAUCGAGAGACUCCAGGCCCUGGUGUCCUCGCUCAACCAGCAGGAUACAGAGUCGGGACAGCAAGGGAUUCACUACCGACCCAGCCCGACCCAGCCCAGAGUGUCGUCGUCAAGCGAGCCCAGCUCAGGCAGCACCUGCUGCAGCAGCCCCGAGUGGAGCAGCACCCCGGAGCAGUGCACCCAGAGCUACAGCAGCGAGGACCUCUUGAGCGCCGCUGACUCUCCGGAACAUGGCAACCUGCAGAGCCUGACCUCCAUCGUGGACGGAAUCGCUGCAGACGGAGCCUUUCCAGUGGACAUUCCCAAAUGAGCCCAUCAGACCGCCACGACCCCUGAUUGGAAACAAAGUCUUGUCUUAUCCAAACGCUCCCAUCAUGUACAUUGACGCCACCAAAGUCCUUCGAGGGUCAGCUGUCACGAUUCCGGUCCUCCCACUGGACACUCACUUUGCAUGAACUCCUUGUUAUUCCAACCAAUCCGGACAGAACCACAGAGGAGUGACAGAACCUGCCCCGCCUCCUGACUUAAUUUAACUUUCCAGUCCUCUCCCAAAUGUUUGUGUUUGUGUGUGUUCCUCUAUGCUUACAAAGUGUACUUGUGGGGCCAAUAUGUUCCAGAGCAGAUUUGACCAAGAACCUGCUUAAUUUAAUGCUAGUGAUGUAAAUACGUUCCCUUUUCUACAGAGUGGUUUUCUUAUUUUAUUUUCUAUU